AUGGCGGAAACUUCUCGUUACGAUCUCUUUUUGCGGAUCUCGCAAAACCUCAACGACACAGAAUGCAGGGAUCUUCGCAACUAUGUAGGCAACAAUCAACUUUUGCCAACUAGAGGUCUCAAGGAUAUGGACCCGCAAGAAAUCUUUGUGAAACUAGAACACGGGGGAAAGUUAAACAAGGGCGACCUCUCACUACUUGUCACCCUUAUGACGAAGAUAAAAAGAGCGGACUUUGCAAAGGAGGCGAAGAAGAUUGCUGCACAGGAGAGGAAAGACAGUGAACCGAUGGUAACAGAUCGUUUGCCAGAAGAUGAAGAGAUGCAGGAGAACAUCCAUACUUCAGAUUCAGCCACCCAAGACCAGGAAGCAUCAGGUAUCACGUUUAUCGGCUUGCCACCCGACGACGACAUUCCCUUCAUCCUGAGUAAAGACAUAACUGUGAAGGAAGAAAUCGGAAAGGGAUCUUUCAGCACUGUGUACCUAGCUAACUACAAAGGUAGACAGGUGGCUAUUAGGAAGCAGGAAUAUGAAGACUACCCAUGGCGACUCCCUGAGCCAGCGAGAGUCCUGCGGGAGAGUGUGCUGGAAGAAGCGGCGAUCAUGCAGCAGGUACAGGCAGAGAACGUGGUUCGGCUGAUCGGAGUGUGUUUAGAACCCGCAAACUACACGAUUGUGAUGGAGUACAUGCCGGGAGGGUCCCUUCUCAACCUGCUCCUCAGUGACACGCGCUUGGCAUGGAAACAGCUGCUGCAGUUCAGCACAGAUGCCGCCAGAGGUCUCUGUGCUCUGCAUCAUCCAAGGAGAUACUGCCCACAGAGAGUUCACGGCAACUUGACGACCUCAAAAUUUCUCAUUGAUGCCAACAUGCGAGUUAAGCUUACAGGCUUCUGUAACACGAAGACAACGACAUCUGUCACGAGAUACUCCAGGUUCCGCAGAGGAAGAAGCACAAUUGCUUUCGUUGCGCCGGAGAACCUCAGAGAUAUCAACGCAGGGCUGACUGUGGCCGCAGAGGUGUUCAGGUAG